CACCCAGCCUGUUCUCCACGGUGACGCGCUCGGCCGGGUGCGCGCAUGACGUCAGCGACUCACCGGCCGCUGAUGUCCAGAGCUCGCGCUGUGGAACGAGCUGGGCCGGAAUGGAGCGCGCGCUCGAAGGCUCGUUAUAACGUCUUUCCGAGCGGAGGGGCGAAGGCGACGCAGUCAUAUGAAACAUGGAGGGCUGGAACUAUGGGUACUCGCGGGAAUACUACGACCGCUUUGUGCAAAGCCAGGACUCCUCCGUGGUGAACAAGUUCCAACAGAGGUACUGGAAGACCAAGCAGACACUCAUCAAGGUUACAGGCAAGAAGGAGGACGAACAUGUGGUGGCGUCCGAUGCUGACCUGGAUGCCAAGCUUGAGGUGUUCCACUCGAUUCAGAGGACGUGCAUGGAGCUGCUGAAAGUGAUUGAGCAUUACCAGAGACGGAUCUGCUUUCUGUCACAGGAGGAGAACGAAUUGGGCCGUUUUCUCCGCUCCCAGGGCUCCCAGGACAGAACUCGGGCAGGAAAGAUCAUGCAAGCCACGGGAAAGGCUCUCUGCUUCUCUUCACAGCAAAGGUUAGCCCUCCGCAGCCCCUUGUGCCGGCUCUACCAGGAGGUGGAGACCUUCCGCUACCGGGCCAUCUCAGACACCUGGCUCACGGUGAACCGCAUGGAGCAGGCCAGGACUGAAUACCGUGGAGCCCUGCUCUGGAUGAAGGACGUAUCCCAGGAGUUGGAUCCUGACACGUAUAAGCAGAUGGAGAAGUUCCGCAAAGUCCAAGCACAAGUGCGUCUCACUAAAACAGGCUUUGACAAGCUGAAGAACGAUGUCUGUCAAAAAGUGGAUUUACUGGGCGCGAGCCGAUGCAACCUUCUGUCCCAUGUCCUGACAACUUACCAGACGACUCUGCUCCACUUCUGGGAGAAGACUUCUCACACCAUGGCAGCCAUACAUGAGAGCUUUAAAGGCUACCAGCCUUAUGAGUUCACAACGCUCAAGACCUUACAAGACCCCAUAAAUAAACUUCUGGAUCAAGACACAAAGAAAAAGGGUAAGAAGAAAGUAAAGGGGAAGCAGGAAGAUGAAACAAAACUAGCAGAGAUGAAUGAUGAGCUUGUUUCAAUCGAUGAUCAGAAUCGCAACAGAGAUUCGAGUCAGACAGAUGAAUCUCCUGCUCAGGACACUAUGGAUCGUGGCUUCUUUAAGGAUGAAAGCCCCAGUGAAAAGCAAAGCGAAGGGAACACGGAACUGCUCUCACUCUUCCUGGAGCAGGACAGCGGGGAGAGGGAUGAGACAGCACUUCUCAAUGAGAUCCUGAGCAGCUCCUCUCUAGAUGAAAGCGACUUCUCCAAGGAAUGGAGAGAGGUGUUCGGGGAGGAAGAGUCUCCAUGCAACACUAGUAAAAUGGGCCAGGUGGGAGCACCACAGGAGGAGGAGUCCACUUCCUGCUUCCUGCCCUCCCAGCUCCUGGACCAGAACAUGAAUAGUCUCCAGUCCUCUUUCAACGACUGGGCCUUGAGUAUUCCUCAGGCGAGCCCUCAAGGAGCUGAGCAGUCAGCAGAAGCUUGUCCUAGUGCCAAUCAACCGUCAUCCAAAGCAACCCUGGAGUCAUCCAAAGACCUCUCCACCUGGUACAACCUGUUUGCCGACCUGGACCCGCUCUCUAACCCAGAUGCCAUUGGAAAGACAGACAAGGAGCACGAGCUUCUGAACGCAUGACCAGUCUGAAAGUUCCACAGUUGUGCUGCAGAGUUCUGCAUUGUGACGUUUCCUACCAACUGAAGGCAUCGAAUGCAGACGCUUUAAACGCUGUUCGUGUUAAGUACUGCCAGAGAAAGAAAGGUAUGGAUAAGUCCAAAGGCAAUUAAGCAGUUUCCAAAUACAGUGUUGCCUUGUUUCACCCAAAGUAAUGGUUUACUGUAUUUUACAACCAUGUGAAUGCCAUUCAUUUACAUAAAUAUGUACACCAGUUGUCACAGGUCACCUUUUCUACUUUAACAGCAAUGUCACAGCAAUGGUUUUCUUGGCACAACUAAAAGAUCAAACCAAGGCUUCAUGUUUGUAUUUUUAUCUAUAAUUAAUAUAUUUCUGUUGUGCAAUAUGUACAGUACAAAGGAGACAGUUGCUGUUUUCAGACAGCCUAUUAGUAAUAUUUGAGUCUAGUCAGGGAAGAAAUCAGAAAAAUCAGAAUAUUAACCCUUUGUGAAAUACCUUAAAUCAAAAAGGCAAAUGAUUUAACACAAUGAUAUAGUUAACAAUUUAGAAGAUGGAUCUUACUCUUUGUUCUGUGCAGCUGCAAUAAUAUUGCUUUUAUUACAUUUAAUGUUUUCCAUGGUGUGUGAUUUGAAACUAAAGCCACUGCAAACGGUUUCUGUUUGUGUUUAUUCUGUCCUGUAGAGUUUAGUUCUACACAGUUUAAUUCAAAAUUACAAGGGAGAUGGUGCCUGAUAUUUAUACCAGUAACGCAUAUUUGUUUCUGCCUCAGAGUACAUGCAUGCUAAAUGUUUCAAUAUAAUUUCUAAUAUUUGUAAGACUUGUAAAAAGCUUCAGAAUAGUUGUGCCAGAUAUAUCCAUAACAGGUGUUUAGAUUUUACUGCACAAAUUGCCCACUCAGCUCACUCUGAUUACAAGUGAACUCAUGAAUAAUCUCCAACUGUUUUUUCUUUCUUUUUAAUUUUUAAAUUUGACAUGCAGCUGUUGAAUGUUGAUACCGUACUUAAAGGACAGUCAGUACAAAGUAUACCACAUUUCUAAAAAAAAAAAAAAAAAGACUAUAUUGAAAUUGUAUUUGUAUGAUAAGACUUUUUCCCUGAUGCCAGAACAUUGUUGGUCUUGAUAGUCCAGUAUGUCCUAGUGUGAAAAAGCAGAUGAAAUGAGGAGGUUUAUCGGAGCUUAGUUUCUACAAAUUCUCAAGUCAGGUCAGGGUGUUCAGUGAAUAAAUUUUCUGUCUAGUUGAUCAACAAUCACUAGACUGACAAAUGUUAUUAAUUCAACAUACAUGUUCCCUACAAAAAUUGUUGUGUAGAACAGUAAUUGAUCUGUAGUUUGUUUAUAUUAAAACGGUUAUAAAAGCA